UGCCUCCUGUCUCUCGCUCCUGUACUUUAGUCUUCAAAUGACACGACAGUCCCCCGCUCGGGAACGCGCUUCCUUGUGCACCAGCGCCAUAUAAAGCGAGCUGCGCGCGCACGGGGCUCAGCAGUGAACCGGUGACCGGCGGCGGUGAGAGCAGCUCCGGUGAGUCCAGAUCCAGGAGAGCAAAGUGAGCGCGGGGUUAACAUGAGCGGCGGGAAGCGUGCGCUCCGGACGGCGCUGGGAGCUGCUUCUCUCCGGGAGCGCACCAGGUGAUGCGCCCUGCGGGUCUCGGGUCGGCUCUGUUACCGGAGAGGAUGGCGGAGCUGUGGAGCCACAACACCUCCUGGAACCGGUCCGCUGCGGGUCAGGAGCGGUUCAGCAGCCUGGAUGACAUCGACGUGCCUGCGGACGGAUCCCCGACCCUGCGCAUCCUCAUCUCCAUCGUGUACUCGGUGGUGUGCGCCGCCGGGCUGGUCGGAAACCUGCUGGUCUUCUUCCUGAUGAAGGUGCGCCGCGGCCGGAAGAAACGCUCCAGUAUCAACCUGUUCAUCCUCAACCUGGCCGUCACGGACUUCCAGUUCGUGCUGACGCUGCCGUUCUGGGCGGUGGACACGGCUCUGGACUUCAGCUGGCCGUUCGGGAACGCCAUGUGUAAGAUCAUCCUCUCCGUGACGGUGAUGAACAUGUACGCCAGCGUGUUCUUCCUCACCGCCAUGAGCAUCACCCGGUACUGGUCGGUGGCGUCCGCGCUGAAGGACCGGACCCGGCGGCGGGUGUGCCCGGUGCGCUGGGUGAUCGCGGGGCUCUGGGUGUCCGCCACGGUGGCCUCUCUGCCCACCGCGAUCUUCUCCACGGUGAAGAGCGUGGCCGGGGAGCGGCUGUGCCUGCUGGGCUUCCCGGACGGACAGUCCUGGCUGGCGCUGUACCACCUCCAGAAGAUCCUGGUGGCCUUCGUGUUCCCGAUGCUGAUCGUCACCGUGUGCUACCUGCUGCUGCUGCGCUUCGUCCGCCUGCGCAGCAUGAACAACAACCAGGUGAAGCGCCGGUCCCGGGUCACCCGCUCCGUCACCAUCGUCGUCCUCUCCUUCUUCAUCUGCUGGAUGCCCAACCACGCCAUCACCUUCUGGGGCGUCCUGGUCAAGUUCAACGUGGUGAACUGGGACAAGACGUACUACAUGGUGCACACGUACGUCCACCCGGUGACCGUGUGCCUGGCGCACACCAACAGCUGCCUGAACCCGGUGCUGUACUGCCUCAUGCGCCGCGAGUUCCGGAAGAAGAUGAAGGAUCUGUUCUGGAGGAUUUCCUCGCCCACAGGGACGAACUCGUGCCCCCUGCGGCCGUUCUCCGGCACCGUGAGAGCGGAACCGGACGACUCGCACAUCGUGAUCCCGCUCAACAACGUGGAGACGGAGAACUGCAGACUGUCGGUUCUGACGGACCAGUGCGACACGGACGCGCUGCAGAAGUAGACUGAUCCGAGACCUGGUUCCUCUCAGUCCGCCUCACCAGGAAGUUCUUUAGACUUCAGCGCUGCUGGAGGUUGUUUGAGCUUCUGUGCCAGAACCCAUCGCCUGGUGUCAGAACCACACAGAACCGGGUCUCAGCUGUUUGUGGCGUUAUUAGAUGUUUUUUUGACUCUGCAUCAAAUGGAUUUUAUACAUUUUAUCACAGUUUAAAGAUGUGAAACAUAAAAGGAGAAAAAUAACAUUCGCGCGUAAAUUACGCACCGGUGCGUAAAACCAUCCGGUUCCGUUCCCGCUUCAGUCCGACUGGGAUCUGUCACCCUGCGCUGCUCAUCGUGUUGUUUUCUCUCUUUACUAUAAAUGGAGUUCGAGCUCAGUGUCUCAUCCAGUGCUGCUUCCCGCUCUGAAGAGCUGUCCGUGCGCAGGGACUUCAUUCUGUGGAGUAUUAUUGACGUUUGUUGUGGCUGAUGUGUAAAAUGUCCACGCUUUGAGUAAGUGAAUGUAAAAAAAAAAAAGAAAGAAAAACCUGCCAAUGCAACCUUAAAAACGAUGUAUGGAGAAUAAAAUGAUUUGGUUUGUGUUCAGUCUGGGUUGUGCAGCUGAUUGUUGGCCUGUGGAGGAACCGGAGCUUAUUCUCAGAAAGGUAAAAAUCGGUUUCAGGUUUAAGAGUCUGACUGUAAAGUAUUCAGGGGCGGAUCUACAGGAGCAUCCACAGGGGGCCCAGAGGGUAUCACUGAUUUAAUUACAAUAUAUUAAAAUAUAUAAAUAUUCAAAGUGAAGAUAUUGGAACUCACCUGUGUUGUUGUGUUGUGGUACAUUAAUGAAGCACUGCAGGUAUCAGGAUUAUCUUGUUUUAUUUCCAAAUGAAUGUCUUUUUUCAGUGAAUUUAAAGCUACUUAAGUUAAUUUCUGUAAUUACUGUCACUUUUCGAGCAAAAAAUAGGAAACAUGAACUGAUUAAAUAUGCUGCUUUUCUUUUAA